AUGUCCGCCCAACUGUCGUUGCUCGCCAAACUGUCGUUGCUCGCCAAACUGUCGUUGCUCGCCAAACUGCCGUUGCUCGCCAAACUGCCGUUGCUCGCCAAACUGCCGUUGCUCGCCAAACUGCCGUUGCUCGCCAAACUGCCGUUGCUCGCCAAACUGCCGUUGCUCGCCAAACUGCCGUUGCUCGCCAAACUGCCGUUGCUCGCCAAACUGCCGUUGCUCGCCAAACUGCCGUUGCUCGCCAAACUGCCGUUGCUCGCCAAACUGCCGUUGCUCGCCAAACUGCCGUUGCUCGCCAAACUGCCGUUGCUCGCCAAACUGCCGUUGCUCGCCAAACUGCCGUUGCUCGCCAAACUGCCGUUGCUCGCCAAACUGCCGUUGCUCGCCAAACUGCCGUUGCUCGCCAAACUGCCGUUGCUCGCCAAACUGUCGUUGGUGCUCUGUGGUGUUCGCCAUUCCACAAGGUCUUGA